UAAUGAUGGGUUUAAGCUUUCCCCUCUCUCUCUCGUUUGGUUCUAAUAUCAAUUGGGAUUAAAAAAUGGUCCGAGCCGCUACUCAUCAAGUAGGCGCAGUUCGUUUUCGAUCAGGCCACUAGUGGCGGCAAGUGAUAAUGUCAUGACAUCGUUGAUAGAUAACCUUUGUUCAUAACAACUUCUGUGAUUUUUCUCACACUGGCUUAUAUGAAUCAAAUGAGCAAAAAGACCGUCCUCUCAAAAAUCAUUGGUAAGAAGCACCAUUUAUUCUCUUCUCCAUUUCUCAGUUUACCCUCCAGACUUCUAGUUUUUCAAAUGCACUAUGAUGUAGCCACCUGCAAUUUUCUUCUACAAUCAUAUGCGAACCACAAGAAUCUCCCCGAAGGAAAGCAGCUACAUUCCGUAAUGAUUACUUCUGGAUUUAUGCAUUUGCCUUCAUCCAUUACUAGCUUGAUCAACAUGUACUCUAAAUGCAAUCAAAUGGAACAAGCUGUUUUAGUUUUCCAUGAUCCAUAUCAUGAACGUAAUGUGUUUGCAUACAAUGCAAUAAUUGCUGGAUUUGUUGCAAAUAGGCUUCCAGCAAAUGGGUUUCAAUUUUAUAAGAGAAUGAGGGCAGUGGGUGUAAUGCCAGAUAAGUUCACUUUUCCAUGUGUAGUUAGAGCUUGUUGUGAGUUCAUGGAGGUUAGGAAGAUUCAUGGCUGUUUAUUUAAAUUGGGGCUGGAGUUGGAUAUGUUUGUUAGUAGUGCUCUUGUCAAUACUUACUUGAAGUUCGACUUAAUGGAGAACGCCAAGAAAGUAUUUGAAGAGUUACCCGUGAGAGAUGUUGUGCUUUGGAAUGCAAUGAUCAAUGGCUACGCCCAAAUUGGUCACCUGAACAAAGCAGUAGUGGUUUUUAAGAAAAUGGGGGAAGAAGGGAUUUCACCUUGUAGAUUUACAAUUACUGGCAUUUUAUCUAUUUUUUCUUUAAUGGGAGACGUUAACAAUGGGAGAGCAAUUCAUGGAAUUGUAACAAAAAUGGGUUAUAGUUCAUGUGUUGCAGUUUCAAAUGCGCUAAUUGAUAUGUAUGGGAAAUGCAAGCAUAUUGAAGACGCUUUAGUAAUUUUUGAGAUGAUAAAUGAGAAGGAUUUAUUUUCAUGGAAUUCAAUUAUAUCUGCUCAUGAACAAUGUGUUGAUCAUGAUGGUACCUUGAGAUUUUUUGACAAGAUGUUAGCUUCUAGGGUUCUACCUGAUGUGAUUACUAUCACUGCUGUACUUCCUGCUUGUUCUUACUUUGCUGCUCUCAUGCAUGGAAGAGAGAUUCAUGGAUAUAUGACUGUUAAUGGAUUGGGAAAAAAUGAAGACGGUGAUGAUGUAUUAUUAAACAAUGCUGUUAUGGACAUGUAUGCAAAGUGUGGAUGCUUGAAAAAUGCCCACAGAGUCUUUGAUCGAACGAGCAAUAAGGAUGUGGCGUCGUGGAACAUCAUGAUUAUGGGUUAUGCAAUGCAUGGAUAUGGCCAAGAAGCAUUGGAUAUGUUUCAUCAUAUGCGUGAGGCUCAAAUUAAGCCAGAUGCUAUCACAUUUGUUGGAGUUUUAUCUGCAUGUAGUCAUGCGGGCUUUCUACGUCAGGGGCGCUCGUUCUUAGCCCGAAUGGAACUUGAAUUUGGUGUGGUUCCAACUAUCGAGCAUUAUACAUGUAUAAUUGACAUGCUCGGUCGAGCUGGACAUCUGGGGGAAGCUUAUGAACUGGCUGAAAGAAUACCUCUUCAAGACAACCUUGUUUUGUGGAUGGCAUUGUUGGGAGCAUGUCGACUUCAUGGGAAUGCAGAUUUGGGAAAAGUUGUUGGAGAAAAGAUAAUGCGACUUGAACCUAAGCAUUGUGGUAGUGGUAGUUAUGUAUUGAUGUCUAGUAUGUACGGAGUCGUAGGUCGAUAUGAAGAAGCAUUGCAGGUUAGACGAAUGAUGAAGGAACAAAACGUUAAGAAGACACCGGGUUGUAGCUGGAUUGAACUCAAGGACGGACUGUAUGUUUUUAGCAUGGGAGACAGGACACAUCCUGAAUUAAAUGCACUGAUUCAUUGCCUUUGUGGCAUUGGAUACCUUCAUGAUGAAGUUAUGAAUUCGGCUUAAGAUAUGGUAGCAUUUGCAAUUGAAUUGAUCUACCACACUUGCUUACAGAAGUCACUCUCGCAGCAAGGAAGAAUGAUUGGCUAUGGCCUUUGGAUCCAUCGUGCACUUUUUAAGGUUUGUUCUCUCCAUUGCAAGCAUACCAGUCUCAAUAGGGUUGUUACAUCCCCUCCACAAAUGCAUUUGGAAGCAUAAAUAGAACGAAACAUUUUU